AACAGCGCCGGGAGGAUGAACGGGCUGACGGCGCCGGCGCCCGGCCCGGGGGGCUCCAUCGCCAUGAAGGACCACGAUGCCAUCAAGCUCUUCAUCGGGCAGAUCCCGCGCAACCUGGAGGAGAGCGACCUCAAGCCCCUCUUCGAGGAAUUCGGCAAGAUCUACGAACUCACGGUGCUCAAGGAUCGCUUCACCGGCAUGCACAAAGGUUGUGCCUUUCUUACAUACUGUGCCCGGGACUCAGCCCUGAAAGCUCAGAGUGCGCUGCAUGAGCAGAAGACACUGCCUGGGAUGAAUCGUCCAAUCCAAGUGAAACCAGCAGAUAGCGAAGGCCGAGGAGAAGACAGGAAGCUCUUUGUAGGCAUGUUGGGGAAACAGCAAAGUGAGGAUGAUGUCCGGCGACUCUUUGAACCCUUCGGACAGAUUGAAGAAUGCACCAUCCUCCGAGGCCCCGAUGGAGCCAGUAAAGGAUGUGCCUUUGUCAAAUACGGGAGCCACGCAGAAGCUCAAGCCGCCAUUAGCACUCUCCACGGGAGUCAGACCAUGCCGGGAGCGUCCUCCAGCUUAGUUGUGAAGUUUGCCGACACAGACAAGGAAAGAACUCUGCGGCGGAUGCAUCAGAUGGCAGGACAGCUGGGGAUCUUUAAUCCCAUGACGAUCCAGUUUGGAGCCUAUGGAGCAUAUACACAAGCGAUAAUGCAGCAGCAGGCAGCCCUCAUGGCUGCCGCCCAAGGAACUUGCCUGAACCCCAUGGCGGCCAUCGCGGCGGCACAGAUGCAGCAGAUGGCCGCUUUCAACGUGAGCGGCUUGGUGGCUGCUCCCAUGACGCCCUCGUCAGGUACAAGCACACCUCCAGGGAUCAGCACAGCACCAGUCCCCAGCAUAGCUACGCCCAUUGGAGUGAAUGGGUUUAGCCCUCUCCCACCACAGACUAACGGACAGCCGGCAUCAGAAACCAUUUACACCAAUGGGAUCCAUCCGUACCCAGCUCAAAGUCCCACUGUGGCAGACCCCCUCCAACAAGCCUACGCAGGCAUGCAGCACUAUGCAGCAGCAUAUCCAGCCGCCUAUGCACCAAUCAGCCAAGCCUUCCCACAGCAGACUCCCAUCAUCCCCCAACAGCAGAGAGAAGGUGAGGUGGAACAGAAAAGAAGGAAAGGUCCUGAAGGCUGUAACCUCUUCAUUUAUCACCUGCCCCAGGAGUUUGGCGAUGCAGAACUCAUGCAGAUGUUCCUACCUUUUGGCAGCGUCAUCUCUGCCAAAGUCUUUGUUGAUCGUGCCACCAACCAAAGUAAAUGCUUUGGUUUCGUCAGUUUUGACAAUCCAACUAGUGCCCAGGCAGCCAUUCAAGCCAUGAACGGCUUCCAGAUCGGCAUGAAGAGGCUAAAGGUCCAAUUAAAGAGGCCAAAAGAUGCAAACCGACCCUACUGAUCCCUGUUCACCCCGGCUCUG